AUGACACGCUCCUUUCGAUACCGCGACGGCGUAGCAAUCGCCCAAAUCAUCGUCUUCACAGUCUGCCUCGCGUUCGGCAUCCUCUUCCGCGUCCAAAAGAAAAUGGGCUGGUUCGGCAUCUCCUUUAUCUCCACCAUCCGCAUCGUCGGCGCCGGCUGCAUGCUAGGCACAAUCACAAACUCCUCUCGCGCAGUCUGGGCCGCCAUCUUUGUCUGCGAAUCUCUGGGUCUGGUUCUACUUACAUUUGUCUUGCUUGAUCUGCUCAAGAGAGUUAACUCCUUCGUCCAGGUUCUAACACAAUGGCACUUCCGCAUCCCAGAACUCAUCUGCUGGGCCGGCCUCGGCAUCUCCAUCGCAGACUACAUCCUCGCCGCCAAAAAGACUUCCGACGCCACGGCGCCCGGUACGCUCACGAGAGCAGGCGUGGGCCUCUUUGCGGCGCUCUACUUCUGGGGCGUCCUCCUCUUCGUGCUCCUGGCAAAGGAGUGGGCGCGUAUCCCGCAGGAAGAGAGGCGGGCUAUGGUUGGCUUCGCGGGGUGUUUCCCGUUCAUGGUUGUGCGGAUCUCGUAUACGAUUGCCUAUGUUAGUACCGGGGAGAAGAGGUUUAGUGCGGUGAGCGGGGAUACGACGACGUAUCUGUUCAUGACGGUGUUGAUGGAGUUUGCGGUGCUGGGGUGUGUGGUGUGGACUAUUUGGGGGUUGGAUAGGGUGUAUGAGCAGGUGGAGGGCGUGCGUGGGAAGGAUGCUGGUGAAAUGGAGGAUCUCGUAGAGUCUGAAUCGCAGAGGUCUAGGCGCUCAGAGAAAUGA